ACAAUGGCUGACAGUUUAGAACCACCUCUAUUUAAUGGAAGUGCAUGUCAAAAAGAUGAUGAAAGCGAAGAUUUUUUUUCACCAGCUUUAGAAUCCCAGUCUUUUGAAAAUACAACCACUCUCUUGAAUAAUUAUGAUCAACCUAGAAGUGAUGAUAACCUAGCAAAUUUGAUGAAAGGAGGUGGAGAAGAGGUUUGUCUUGAUGAUGAUGCUUCAUCAGUCACUCCUCAGACAAAGCUUGAAUUCUGUACACCAGAAGAAGAAGCUAAGUCUCCUUUCUUGGAACCUUUUUAUGAAAAUAAAAUUUCAGAGCCUUCGGCUCCUGCAGAAAUAACACCAACUGAACCCCCAAUAUCUGCUGCUGGAAAAACUCCAGAUGAGCUUAUUGAAGAAGAGAACAGUAACCAGUUUCUAAAAAUCAUCGUAAAAGAGCCUCAGAGAGUUGGUGAUGGUAUGGGUGCAUACAUGAGAUACAAGGUGGUCACUAAAACUAAUCUACCCUAUUUCAAGCACAAAAAUCUAGUGGUCCAUCGAAGAUUCAGUGACUUUCUUGGCUUGCAUGAUAAAUUAAUGGGCAAACAUCUUCGCUUGGGUCGAAUGGUACCUCCAGCGCCUGAGAAGAGUGUUAUAGGCAUGACAAAAAUAAAGAUGAACAAAGAAGAAUCUUUAAGCUCUUCAGACUUUAUUGAAAAACGUCGAGCAGCCCUUGAACGUUACUUGAAUCGUACUUCAGGCCACCCUGUACUUCGAAUGGAUCCAGAUUUUCGAGAAUUCUUGGAACUUGAAUCAGAACUUCCUCGAGCAACUAAUACUUCUGCAUUAAGUGGAGCAGGAGUGAUGCGAUUGUUUAGCAGAGUUGGAGAAUCUGUGAGCAAAAUGACCUUCAAAAUGGAUGAGUCUGAUCCGAUUUUACUUAAUCAGUCUCUUUCUGACAUUCAGUGGUUUGAAGAAAAGCAACAUCACAUGGAAAAUUUGGAGCAGCAACUGCGCAAGCUACACAAUAGUGUAGAGGCUCUUGUUCAUCACCGCAAAGAACUUUGCAACAAUACAAAUUCUUUUGCUAAAAGUGCAGCGAUGUUAGGUAACUGUGAAGAGCAUACAGCUCUUUCAAGAGCUUUAUCUCAGCUUGCUGAAGUAGAAGAAAAGGUGGAACAAGUACAUAUGAAACAAGUUAACAGUGAUUUCUUCAUGUUAUCAGAGAUGUUAAAGGAUUAUAUUGCACUCAUUGGAACUGUAAAGGAUGUAUUUCAUCAACGUGUUAAAGUAUAUCAAACAUGGCAACAUGCUCAGCAGAUGCUUACCAAGAAACGGGAACAGAAGGCUAAGUUAGAGCUUGCUGGAAAGUCAGACAAAAUUGCUCAAGCUCAUGAAGAAGUGAUAGAGUGGGAAGCCAAAGUGGAAAGAGGACAGGAGGAGUUUGAAAAUAUUUCUAAAAUGAUUCGAAAAGAAGUUGAACAUUUUGAAAAUUGUCGUAUUCGUGACUUUAAAGAUACAAUUGUCAAGUACAUGGAAUCUCUACUAAACAAUCAACAAGAGCUGAUCAAAUAUUGGGAAGCAUUCCUGCCACAGGCUAAAGCCAUAUCAUGAAAUCCAAACUAGUCACAAAAACUUGUCCAUAUCCAUGAAAAGUAUGGUUGUUUGCUUGUUUAAUAUACUUUGCUGAAUUUUUAAUUACUUGUGGUUGACAGUUUGGAGAUAGCAGGAUCCAGUGUCUGUUACUGUUCCACAUUCCUUGGUGUCACUGGUUACUCUAAUGAUUCCAGUUCUCAGUAUUUCUAUUGGUAGUUUAAAUUAUUUUGGCAGAACUGUUGUGAUAUAGACUUUUUAAAUAUGUCUUUCGUUGAAGUGUAGUAAAUAUUAUACAUGUAUUAGUUUCAAGCAAAUAGCCUUUUGUUUUAAAGUGUAUAAAUUCAUCUAUGUGGUGCAUUUCUCUUUUUUGAAAAAAAGAGUUAUGAAAUUAUUAUUUAUUCUGAUAAUGUCUUUUGUUUUUAACAACAUAGUUUCAACAGAAGUUUUGCAUCACUAUGAUUAAUUUUAAUGUGAAUCUUUAUUGUACUUUUAUAAAUUAUUGUUUGGAACAUCUUCAGCAUAAACUAAUUAAUCUUACUUUAAAAACUUCUUAUAGAACAUUUAGGGAACAAACUGUUUUCACUCUUGACUUUUUUCUUCAUGAUUCUUUUAUCAGUUUUGUAACAAGAAAAGCUUAGUAAGUAAUUCUCUAGUAAUUGAUAGAAUUGGCAUCAAGAAUAAGGGUUAGUAAAUAUAAAUCUUGAAAAGGUUUUCUUUCUUCUUCCCAAGAACAUUUUUCUAAUUUUUUUUUUAUAAGAACCAACUUUUCCAGUUCAGUAUACUUUGUGUUUUUGUGUUAAAUUAUUAUGCAUUAUGAACAAGAUUAUAUAUAUACCAUUUAAUGAAAGUUAAGAAAAAUUUGAUAAAAUAAAGGGUUGAAAAAUUUGGUGAAACCACAAAUCACAACUUUUUGAGAAAGUACACUAGCUAUUAUAGACUUGUACAUCAAAGUUAAUAAAUUGAUGAUUUUAAUUUAGCAGUUUGUUAUGUAACUGAAAUAACAGGAGUGUAAUAUGUUUGGAAAAUAAAGAGGAGUUGGGUUAGCUAAAAUAGAGAUUUGUUUUUCACAUUUUUUUGAAACUAAUAGUGUAUCUUGUGACUGCAGUGCAUUUAAUGUGCUUUUAUGAAAUCGUCUUUUUUUUUUUUAUAAGAACAUGCUGCUACAAAAAUUUUUUCUCAUACAAGAUUCAUUGGUUUCUUCAUUGCUAAACCCUAACUAGCCUGUAGUAAGAUCAUAUGAUAAAAUU